CUCUCGUUUAACUUAUUUAUGAGUGACUCCAGAGAUAUGAAGACAUUUCUAAUGGUGUGUCACUUCGAGAAUAUAAUUAUAGAAGAGUGAGAGACAAGGAAAGUGCGGAUCUGUUCGCCAAUUAUGGAGAGUGCGGUGCAAACACUCAGUCCUAAUGAGUCGUUUAUCGAUGACUUUGAUUACGAAACCCGUGACCUCGUCUUCACUAUAAUGACGGCCACAAUACUCGCUGUCCUCACCCUUUGCACAGUUGUGGGCAAUGUCUUCGUCAUCGCUGCCAUACUUCUCGAGCGUAACCUCAGAUCUGUUGGCAAUUAUCUAGUCUUCUCGCUGGCUGUGGCCGACCUCAUGGUUGCCUGUCUUGUCAUGCCUUUGGGCGCCGUAUACGUGGUGUCGGGCGCCUGGACUCUGGGCGCCGGACUCUGCGAUGUGUGGACUAUAGCCGAUGUGUUGUGUUGUACCGCAAGUAUUCUUCAUCUGUUGGCCAUCGCAGUGGACCGUUUUUGGGCCGUAACUAACGUGGAUUACAUACACAACCGAAACGCCCGUCGUAUCGGAACCAUGAUAUUUGGCAUUUGGUUGGUGGCCGGCAUCGUGUCGUUGGCGCCGGUGUUGGGCUGGAAAGACCCGGACUUCUUCCGGCGCAUAGAAGAGGACAAGUCGUGUCUCAUAUCCCAAGACGUGUCAUAUCAAGUGUUCGCCACAUUCGCCACUUUCUACGUUCCUCUCGCUUUAAUACUAGUCCUCUAUUGGCGUAUAUUUCAGGUGAGACUCAACUUAAAGUUAGUGGCUCGGAAGCGGAUCCGACGAAAACCCGGCAAUAAAGUGGUUCUGGCGUUGAGGAAAACGUCUGAUAAGAUGUCCGAUAAGUCCGGAUCCACUCGUAGCCUAACAGUGCCUUCAACUAAUGAAUUGGUCACCAACUUCUCCAGUGAAGUGUCCACUUCGUCGCCAAACGCCAGUCCCGAUAGAGGGGCCGCCAAUAAUAACGGGUCUGUCGGCGAUAAAGUCGAUAUAUUGCCUAAAAAACGGUUACAUCAGAGGGAGUCUAUUGAAGCCAAACGGGAACGUAAAGCAGCAAAAACAUUAGCAAUCAUUACCGGUGCGAUAUAUACACUGUACCAGUGCUUUGCAAUUAGUCUGUUUGUGAUCUGUUGGCUACCCUUCUUCAUCGUCGCCCUAUUACUACCCCUUUGCGAGUCGUGUCGCGAAGAUCUUCCAAAUAUAGUUAAUAACAUUUUUUUAUGGUUGGGUUAUAUAAACAGUUGCGUUAAUCCUAUUAUAUAUACGAUUUUCAGUCCAGACUUUAGGACAGCAUUCAAGCGGAUGUUGUUGGGAAAGAAGGCCUAUCGCUCUCAACCCAAAUCACCCCAAAGAUUGGUGUUCCUAUUGCUGUCCACUCUGUUCGCCCUAACAGUGGGCACCGCAUGGAAAGGCGGCGGACAAUCAAAUUCGUUCAGAAAACAAGAU